GAGCAGGUGACCAGAGCACAGACUCGUCUCCGGUUUCCAGUUGACUUUCACUUUGUCUGCUGAUCGUGGCGCAGCGUCUUUCCUCCAUCUAAAGGUGAAGGUAGAAAGUGUGUGUGAGCUGAUGUGGAUGUGAAUGGAGCAGCAUGAAUCAGAGUGAGGACAGAGAGGAGGGAGUCCCUCCCUCUAAAACCACUCUGUGUGGGGAACAUGAGAGCCAGACCAAAGCUCAGAGCCCAGAGCAGCAGAUACCACACUCCGCUGGACCUGGACCUGGACCCAGCUGUGUGUCCAUGAAGAGCAACAAGUCAAUGGAUCGUCCUCCUCUUCAUUUCAAACAAUCUGUUGAUGGAAGUUUCAGGAUCCAGCAGCAGAGACCAGACUCUCCUGGACCCAGCUGCGUCUCCUUAAAGAAGGACGACUCAAAGAAGUUUUUUAUCAAGUUUAAAAGGCGACGUCCAUCAGCUGAUCAGAUAGUGGACCAGGAGAGCUCAGAGGUUCCCAGUGGUCAGUCUGCCCAGCAGCAUCAAACACACCUGGACUCCAUAUUUAUGCUGCUGGAGAAGAACAUCGUCACUUUUGUGAAGAACGAGCUGAAGAAGAUCCAGAAGGUUCUGAGUCCAGAUUACCCAGAAUGCUUAGAGACUCAGAGGGAGGAUGAGGAGGUGUUGGACGGUGAGGAUGAAGAGCAGAGGAACAGCAGAGAGGUGUUUCUGAAGAUCACAGUGAACUUCCUGAGGAGAAUGAAGCAGGAGGAGCUGGCUGACUGUCUGCAGAGCAGACAUUUUGCUCCAAUUUGUCGACGUAAACUUAAAUCUAACCUGAAGGAGAAGUUCCAGUGUUUGUUUGAGGGGAUCUCUAAAGCAGGAAACCCAACCCUUCUGAAUCAGAUCUACACAGAGCUCUACAUCACAGAGGGAGGGACUGGAGAGGUCAAUGAUGAACAUGAGGUCAGACAGAUUGAAACAGCAUCCAGGAAACCAGACAGACCAGAAACAACCAUCAGACAAGAAGACAUCUUUAAAGCCUCACCUGGAAGAGAUGAACCAAUCAGAACAGUGAUGACAAAGGGAGUGGCUGGCAUUGGGAAAACAGUCUUAACACAGAAGUUCACUCUGGACUGGGCUGAAGACAAAGCCAACCAGGACAUACACUUCACAUUUCCAUUCACUUUCAGAGAGCUGAAUGUGCUGAAAGAGAAAAAGUUGAGCUUGGUGGAACUUGUUCAUCACUUCUUUACUGAAACCAAAGAAGCAGGAAUCUGCAGGUUUGAAGAGUUCCAGGUUGUGUUCAUCUUUGACGGUCUGGAUGAGUGUCGACUUCCUCUGGACUUCCACACACUGAGAUCCUGACUGAUGUUACAGAGU